AUGAAAAGCAGAGCUUGUUUCAGAUGUGGUGCCUAUAACCACUAUCUCAGAGAUUGUCCAGAGAAAGUUGAAAAAGAUACUGUUCAAACUUCAAAGCCGAGCAGUACAGCUACCAGAGGUAGGUCACCUCAUAAUCCUGACAAUGUGAGUGGUAGCCAAGGUACGACAAAAGAUUUCACUGUAAAGUCUGAAGCACGAACACCAGCAAGGACAUAUGCUAUUCGUGCAUGUGAAGAUGCCUCUGUACCAGAUGUUAUUACUAGUACAUUCUCUUUUAUUGAUACUGAUGUAAUUGCUUUAAUUGAUCCUGGUUCAACACAUUCAUACAUUUGCAUGAAUUUAGCGUCUAAUAAAAAUUUGUCUGUCGAGUCCACUGAAUUCGUGGUUAGGUUGACUCAGCAUGAUGCCGUGAUAAAUUGUAAGCAAAAGUAUAUUAUGCUGAAAAGUCAGAAUAGUAAAAUGCUUUGUAUUGAAUCUGAUAAUUUGGAUGAGUUAUCUAAUGUGAUAUCAGUCAUGUUAGUACAGAAAUAUGUCAGAAAAAGGUAUGAUGCUUACUUUGCCUAUGUGUUGGAUACUAAAGUAUCUGAGUCGAAGAUUAAAUCAGUGCUAGUGGUUUGUGAAUAUCUUGAUGUAUUUCUAGAGGAGUUACCCGGAUUACCGCCUGCUAGAGAAGUUGAAUUUUCUAUAGAUCUUAUUUUAGGGAUAACACUAAUAUCUAUAGCACCAUACAGAAUGACCUCUACAGAAUUAAAAGAGUUGAAAACACAGUUGCAAGAACUGACUGAUAGGGGUUUUUGCCAACUAAGUUUUUCAGCAUAG